CUACACCUUGACUCGAAAUCAUCUGCUCCCAUUGAUGGAUCAAUUUUUGUUUUUGAGUGAGGACUAGUAGGUGGUGGGUUUGGGGGUGAAAGAGGAACAACGAAUGUAUGCAGCUCUAAUCACACCGUUGGUUGUAGUGGGCCGCUGCAAGAGGUGUGAUCUUGUUGUAGUCAAUGGUUGGGAGGUGACAAGAAAUAGGCUAAAGGGAGCGGAGUUUUGUUGUGAUGGAGCUCAAGUUACUAGAUUGGAGGUAGGUUUAUCGCGGUGGUCUUGGUUUCUCUCGGGUGUCGAUGCCAUGGUAUGGGAGGCGAAAAUGGUGAUUGCUAGAUUUUCGGCAAAGGAGUUGGGUCCAAUUGAAUUUUUAGGAAAAGAUUAUCAAAACAAUGGGAAGAUAAUUUGAUCAAAGAGAGAUUUGUUUUCUUGUGAAAACAAAUCUUUUUUUUUUUUUUUUAGAUGUUGGUUGUAUAACAGGAGACAACCUUCUCUUAUCUCUUAUCUCUUAUCUCAUCCCACUUACAUGCCAUGAGACUUGAACUCAGGAUCUCUUAUUUCCAACGAAAAGAGAUUACUUCUAAGUUACUUAAAUCGUUGGCAGAACAUAUCUUUUAAUAUAACUUGAUUUUAAGU